AAUAGCGAGUGUCCUCGAGCGACCUUGCCCUAAUGUGACGGUGUCGACCUCACUUUAUCUCCACCAAUCAGCACUUCCGUCUGACGCGCGUAUUUAUAAGGAGUGAAGUUCUGCUCAGCGCAUUUCCAUAGAACUUCGCAUGAGACGAACAUGGGUUCUGUAUUAUCACUGACCGUUCAGUGUCAUACUUCUCUAAGACAUGUUGUAAGCCAUGCACGAGGGGAAAGCAGUCCCUUAUCAGCAGAGGAAUGGUUUGCAAAAUGCAGUCAGAUUCAAGUCCUAGACUCAACGAUGAGCUACUAUGAUUCAGCACCACAAGAUGAGACUAGCGAAGUAGUGAUAUUCUUGCAUGGCAACCCAACAUAUUCCUACAUCUGGAGGAACAUUAUACCUCAUAUUGAAGGAGAAUACCGUUGCCUUGCCCCGGACUUGAUAGGCAUGGGAGCGUCUGGCAGGCUACCAGAAUGUUCCUACAGAUUCCUAGAUCAUUAUAAAUACAUUGAAGCUUGGAUUGAUGCGAUGAAACUUCCAAGUAAGAUCACUAUUGUCUGUCAUGAUUGGGGUUCAGGCUUGGCAUUUCACUGGUGUCACAUGCAUGCAGAUAGAGUCAAAGCACUAAUUCACACCGAAAGCGUUGUGAUGCCAGCAACUUCCUGGAAGCAAUGGCCAAUCAUGCCGAAAAUUAUUUUCCAAAGUUUGCGUACGAAACCUGGCGAGAAAAUGGUAUUGAAGAGAAAUUUCUUUAUCGAAAGACUGAUCCCUGCAAACACUUUAAGGAAAUUACACAGAGUUGAAAUGGAAGCAUACAGAAAACCGUUUCUUGAAAAAGGCGAGAGCAGAAGACCCAUGCUCACUUGGCCAAAGGAAAUUCCCUUCGAAAGCGAAGGACCGUAUGAUGUACUGAAAAUAGUCCAAGAUUAUGGUCGUUUUAUGAAACAAAGCGAGGGAAUCCCGAAGUUGUUUAUCGAAGCAGACCCAGGGGUAUUUAGUAAAGCUAUUUCAGAGACAGCCAAGUCAUGGCCCAACACCAGAACUGUGAAAGUGAAAGGAUUACAUUAUAUACAAGAGGACUCCCCGGUUGAGAUUGGGCAAGCUAUAGCUGAAUUUUUAAAACAAGUCUAUCAUAGCUAGGUCAUGAAAAAACACAUAGUUCUUGAUAUACUCAACAGAAAACGGAAUUCUUGGGCUUUUUAAACACUUGUUAAUUUGCAUGAGCAAGUAGAGACUGAUUGAAUACAAAGGUUUAUAAAUUAACAAAGUGAAAACUAACGUAUUAAAUUAUCUGUCCACCGUGUGAAAAAAAAUAUAUUCCUGCAUGAGGCUGUAAGCCGAGCUAUAUACCGAGAAUUAAAAAAUAUGCAUGAUUGCACAUGAAAACGUUGCAUUUCUUAGUAUUUUAAUAGAUAUAUUGUUAUUGAGAACUAGAAGCUAGUAUCGCAUAUUUGGGUUGAUCUAUGUAGCAAUUAUUGCCAAUUAAUGUACGAAGUGUGUUAAUUUGACAACAUUAAAUAUUAGUUAGCGACUAAUAGAUUUAUAAUUAUAACAAUAUAAAGACUCUGUUUUCAUCAAAAAGCCUUGUGGUAGGUGUUCACGUGUACCUUGUGUUUUAAAUAUGAAACUAGGGAAUCGGAGAAGCGUACUCUGUCAGGCAUGAGAGCGAGGGUACAUCAUGCCUCAUGACAAUGCACAUUUGAUCCAAACUUGAUUCUGUAAAAAAUUAUCGGAUUCAUGAAUUUUCAGAAUAUAGCACGAUUAAUUCAAAACACUUCUUUAAUAAUUCAUUAUGCACGUGCUACUUCGUGAUGAC